AUGCCGAUACCAGAUUGUGACGGAGCACUACCAUCAUGUGCUUUCUGCCGUAUAUCUGCUCUUCAAUGUACUUUCGAGAUUGCGCCCAAGAAGAGGGGCCGGAAACCUGCGAAUACCUUGACGAGUUCCCCGGCGUCUCAGCUUGAGUCUCCUGAACCUGCGGCUCCUCUUCACCUUGCCCAAGCAUCAGACAAGCUUCGAGUUUCCUACCUGUUAGAACCCGGAGUCGAAGCUUCUAUUCAAGCCUCUGAUUCUUUACCGCUUUGCGUGAUCAAGCGUUCAAGAGAGAUCAAGUCGGCCCUGUUAACCAAGCUACAAGCGUUGGUCCCAUCCACCACUCCCUUGUACAUCGUUGACAAGUGCAUCCGUCUCUUCACUCAGUACCUAUUCCCCGCAGCUCCACUCUGCCAUGAGCCAUCUCUAUGGCAGAGCGCGAACCAGUUUUUCAAAAAUCCGCAACUAGAUGCUGCAGCUGGAAAGGAUGCGCUCACAUCAUUACGAGCAUAUACACUCCUCUCAGCGCUCUGCGCAUCCAUCGCCAGCAUUCAUCGCGAUGCUGUUAUUGGACCGCAAACUCUAGAUGUUGCUGCAGCCUUAUACACAGCGUCCAGAGAAACUUUUCAGCUAUACGAGGAUAUCGAUCUCGAAUACCCGGACUCAUCAUCCCUAUCAAUCCGUUCACUUCACUCCAGCGCCAUUCAGCAGUUGACUGGCAAGUCCCAGCUUGCAUAUCGUGUCGUCGGCCAAGCAAGGCUGCUAGCACUAGACCUACGGCUCUAUGACGAGACAAGUCUGGCGAGUUAUCCGCCAUUGGAGGCACAACUACUUCGCAACAACUUUUGGCAUCUCUUGACUUCGGAUCAUACGGCCGCUGCUCUGGGGACUCGGCCAUAUCUAUUACACGAGGCUCUAUUCGAUCCCGGCCUGACCGUGAACCCCUAUCAACAAGAACCAGCGCCCAUGUUGGAUUAUGGGCGAUACGAAAACUCGCCACAGCUUGAGAAACAAGUGAUCGAUGGCUUCUACAUGGGCUGUCGCAUGAGGCACAUUGCAGCCAAGUUGAUGUGGGCGUUGAGGUCAAAGUCGCGUGACGACCGUUAUGAAAAGAACGAUGACUCCAGCAUUGCUUCUGUCAGUGAUUUACCAGACAUGUGGCACGAGUUUUCCCACAUCUUGGACGGUUACAACCCAAAAUUAGCACCAGAAGAUGGCGGAAAUCUUGCUUCAUCGCAGCAAGAUUUCAUCAGGCAGUAUCAGAAUGAGACCCUGUUCACGCAGACGACCCAGCUCCGGAUCGCUAUGCACGCCUUGAGAAUGGCCAUAUUACGACACUGCAUCGUCUACAAGGUAGCUGGGCUUCUGGGGCCAGGCUGGAGUGAUGAAUCACUGCUUGUCAGCAAAAUGGUUGAAGGAGGUCGUGACUUUGUCAGCACCUUGAUUGAGUUGCCGAUCCACCACUUGCAGACCAUGGGAGAACCUUGGAUUGAGCAGAUACGGCUGGCGGGGAGUGUAUUGUUGGAGCUGUCGCAGAACCAGGAUGGUGAUGUAAAGGAAGAAGCAGGCAUUCAACUGACGCGCCUCGUCGAUGUUCUAUCCAGGCUGAACUCGAAAGCAACCGAUGAGCUUGUUUUCGAGGGCGUUUAA